GUGACCAUGGUGGAGGAGCUGAAGGAGGAGAUCCAGAAACUGCAGGAGAGGAAGAGGAGGCAGGAGGAAGAGACGAAGAGCCGCCAGUUUGAUGCUGUGAAGAAAGAGGUGGAGAGACUGAAGGAGGAGAGAGACACACAGAGGUGUGGUGUUCGAGUCUUUCUUCCAGAACAGGACGUUUUCGUGUCUCCUCUGAGAUCCAACAUGGCCGACAGGAAGAAAUCCCCCAAAACGACCGGGAGGAAGAGGAAGAGCUGCGAAGUGCAGGACCUGGUGUUCAGUGAGAACAAGAGAAACAGAGUGAGAGGAAACACUCAGAGAAACAACAAGCAGGUUUCUUCUUCUGUGGUGAAGGAGAAGAGAGAUGGGCCUCUGCAGAAGAUCGGAGAGUUGCUCCACAGUUCUCCCUCCAUCCUGGGCAGCAAAGCUAAAACCAUCAUCGGUCUGGUCAGUGGACAUUCGGUAGAGAAAGAGACGGUUACCACGGCAACCAAACCAAAACGAGGACGGAAGAAACUUUUUAAGACGAGCGCGUCCUCCCCGCUGCUAGACUCCCCGAACAUGACCUCCGGAGGAGAGAAGGAGGAGAAGGAGAGCGAUCACCUCAUCAUCAGGAGACAGCUGCGCUCCAAAACCUGCAGGAAGUGACAUCAUCGCCACGCGACAACACUACGCCGUCUUCACCCGUCAAACCAACGAAGAAGAACAGUUAGAUUUUUCAAUGUGUGUACAGUUAGUUUGUUUUAAUGGAUAAAGAGCUGAGAGAAUA